GUCUGGCUGUUCACCAGAUCAUCACCAUCACUGUGUCCCUCAUCAUGAUCGUUGCAGCCUUGAUCACUACUCUAGUCCUUAAAAACUGUUGUGCGCAGUCCGGGAAUGGCCGACACAGCAGCCAUCAGAGGAAGAUCAACCAGCAAGAGGAGAGCUGUCAAAACUUGACCGACUUCACGCCCGCUCGUGUGCCCAGUAAGGUGGACAUCUUCACCGCCUACAACGACAGUUUACAGUGCUCGCACGAGUGUGUGCGGGCCGGCAUACUGUACACGGACGAGAUGAUUCAGCACACACCCAUCUACAAGACCUCCUACAAUGGAAACAGACCGUCGCCCACUGAAAGGCAGCUAAUCCCUGUGGCCUUUGUGUCUGAGAAAUGGUUCGAGAUCUCCUGUUGAGGCCCUUUUACUACCUUUGGGUUGAGCCCACGUCUUCAAUUUGUGCCCUGGAUCUCAUUGGAAAACCUGUGAAUCAAACACAAAAGACUAAAACACAAUAAAGCAAAACAAAACCACAAGAACAACAACGACAAGCAAUUACAGAGUUGGGAAGCGAGACGAACAGGCAGUCCUGUCGGAUCUCUCUAGAAGCAGACUGAAGAUGUUUAUUUUUCUAGACUGGUGCAGUGCUAUGGAUACCACUCCCAAAUUAUUUUCCAUAGACGUGAUCAUUUUAGAGAUGAUACACCUAGAGCUGAUAUAUUAUAUACGUGUAUUACUGCACAUGUGGGGUGUGCUGGAGAGGAGGGGCUGCGGGGACGCUCUCUGACACGAUACGUCUGCUUGUGUGGAGAAAAGACUCUCCUGAACUUUGUGCCAAUAAUGCCAUUAUGUGCCACUACAUAUAUAGAUGGGACGCGUUCAGUUUCGUGGAAAAUUACAGACACAUCAAGUAAUUUCAGUGACUGUCUCCCAAUAUCAAUCUGUCGUCCGUUUUUGUAUAAAAAGUAUGAAUAUGUAUUUGAAAUAUGUUUUGAAAUAGCUGAGGAAAUGUGUUACAAAUGUCCAAAAAAUAUUUAUAUGGAGCACUAUUCAUUUAGAGGAAAAAAAAAA